AUGUCAUUCAUGGAACCAUUCCGCAUUAAGAUGGUGGAACCCCUCACAUUCCUGACAAGGGAAGAACGGAUAAAAAUACUGAAAGACAGCGGUUCGAAUCCAUUCAAACUGGAUAGUCGUCACGUGACUUUUGAUUUUGGAACUGAUUCAGGUACCGGGGCCAUGAGUCAACAUCAGUGGGCAGCGAUGAUGCAAGCAGAUGAGGGCUACUUCUCAUCAUGCAGCUUCAAGAAGUUAGAGGAUUGCGUGAAAUCUCUGACGGGAUUUCAAUACAUGCUUCCUGCUCACCAAGGAAGGGCUGUAGAACGUCUCUUGUUUUCCAUUCUGUCGAAGCCAGGAAUGACCAUUUUCAGUAACACUCUAUACGCCACAACACGUGGAAAUGCUGAUAUUAAUGGUUUACAGGUUGUAGAUAUUCCAUGUGUUGGAAGUCCAGAAAGUUCCUUCAAUGCGAAUAUUGACUGUGGGAGGCUCAAGGAGGAACUAGAGACGAUGGGGCCAGAAGGUGCAAUCGUUGUGUUGGUCGUUGCAAGCACAAGCCAAGCAGGGCAGCCAGUCUCAAUGUCCAAUAUCCAAGACCUGUCAAACAUUUGUCACAGCUUUGAUAUUCCCUUGAUCAUGGAUGGAUGUCGGUUCGCAGAGAAUGCCUACUUCAUCAAGACACGCGACAAGGAAUAUAGUCUCAUGUCCUGUAAAGACAUUGCCCUGAAGAUGUUCUCCUACUUCCACCAUGUCUAUGUCUCAGCCAAGAAAGAUGGGCUGUGUAACACAGGAGCGUUUCUGGCCACAAACCAGCAGGGUGUUUAUGACAAAGCAUCCGUCAGGAUGUUCUAUACCGAAGGGUUCAAGACGUAUGGAGGACUAACGGGUAGGGAUAUGGAGGCCAUGACAGUUGGCCUAUUGGAGAACAUUGAUGAUAAGUUUCUUCAGUAUCGAGUUGACAGCACGUACAUGUUCGGAGACAUCUUGAAGAAGGCUGGCGUUCAUGUCAUCGACCCCAUAGGAUGUGGACUAUACAUUAAUGGAGCAAAAUGCCUUCCACAUGUUCCCACUUGCCAGUAUCCAGCCUUUGCUCUUCAUUGCGCUUUGUAUAUUGAAGGUGGAAUCCGUUGUAUUCAGAUCGAUGAUAUUUUGAAACUUGAUGAGAGCAAUGAGAGAGAGAAUCCGAAACCCCAACACAUUCUUCGGAUCCAGAUACCAAGGCGUGUCUACAAUCUGAGCCACAUGCUUCAUGUUGGGGACAUAUUUAAGAGGAUCAUGGAAAGACGUGAAUCUAUCUCUGGCAUGCGUGUGAUAGAUUUAACUUCUGCUGAUUAUACUGCAAUCCUGGAACCUGUUAAAGAGAAGAUAUUCGAUGAGUAA